AGAAUAUCCACACUAAGCUCACCAAAUGCAGUUGGGGAAGGAGUUUAUGAGGCAAAACAGCUUCUACAAAUGUGUGAUAAAUAAGGAGGAAAUAGACAUGGAUUCUGCAGAUGUGUUUGAGUUGGCUUUCAAAGGGAAGGCCUCUGCCAUCGACCACCUGAGCCGGAAAAAUGUGGAACACCUUAGCUUCAGGGAUGAGAAUGGAGCUAGUCCACUACACUAUGCUUCAGCCGGAGGACACCUGGACAUAAUUCGCCUCAUUGUUUCUGUCGUGGGCCCUGAGGAGCUGAAUGUACAGGAUGAGCAGGGCAGAACUCCUCUGCACUGGGCUGUAGAGCAGGAUCAACUGCAUGGCUGUGCAUUAUUGCUGGAGCUGGGCGCCGACCCCAACAUCCUCAACAGUGCCAUGAUGGGCCCUCUGCAUCUGGCUGUCACAAAGAGAUACAAUCAUCUAGUAGAGGUCCUUUUUCAGUCCAGUGACAAAACAGAUGCCAAUCUGGAGGGGGAUCUGGGAAAUACCCCUGUGAUGCUGGCCUGCUGCACUAAUAACUGCGAAGCAAUACAGUUUCUUUUCGAACAUGGUGCAAAGAUGUGUAUUCAGAACAAACUGGGUCACUACGCUAUCCAUACGGUUGCUUUUGCAGGUGCCAAAGAGGCCAUGGAGCUGGUUUUGAAAAUUGGAGAAGAACUGGGCCUUUCCACUUCAGUGCACAUUAAUUAUUUGGAUAAGACCAAAAGUACUCCCCUCCAUCUGGCUGUACGUGGGGGCAACAUUGAGGUGAUCAAACUCUGCAUUAUUAAAGGUGCCAGAGUGGAUCAGCAACAGUGUGACAAAUCCACGGCCCUCCACUUUGCCUGCACUCAGGGUGCUAUGGAGGCUGUCAAAAUCAUGCUUUCUUCUUACAACAAAGUGGAAGACAUCAUCAACAUUAGGGAUGGAGCCAAUCAGACCCCCUUACAUAGAGCCACGUUGUUUGAUCAUGUCGAGUUGGUUGAAUAUCUUAUUUCAAAGAAAGCAGAUAUUGACUGCAUUGACUGUAAGGGACUGUCUCCUCUGCUGAUGGCCUCCAGAUGCGGUGCUUGGAAAACAGUUGUUUUUUUGCUGUCAAUUGGUGCCGAUUACAGAAUCAAAGACAAAGCAGGUUGCAACUUCCUCCACUUUGUCGUUCUUCAACCAAAAGGGCUGAAAAAUCUUCCUGAGACGGUCUUACAGAGUAAUGCCGUGAAGGAGAUGUUGUCUGAUGAGGAUGUUGAAGGCUGCACUCCUCUGCACUACGCCUGCAAACUUGGCAUCCACGAUUCGGUCAAAAAUAUGCUUGGUCUCAAUAUCUUUGUGGGUCAAAAGUCACGGGAGAAGAAAUCAGCGCUUCACUUCGCUGCAGAAUAUGGGCGUAUAAACACAUGUAAGAGGCUGCUAGAGACCUUCACAGACUCUAAAAUGCUCAACGAUUGGGAUGAAAAGGGUCUGACGCCCCUCCAUCUUGCUUCGAAGGCAGGACACACUCAAGUUGUUGAGCUGCUGCUCAGGAGUGGUGCGCUGUUUCAAAGUGAUUACAAAGGCUGGUCCUGUUUACAUCAUGCUGCGGCUGAGGGAUACACACAGACAAUGAAAAUCCUCCUGGCUGCCAAUGUCAAACUUUUGGACAUAACAAAUGAGGAUGGGAACACAGCCCUUCACAUAGCCGCACAAGCGGGACAUGUAGGUGCUGUUUUGCUGUUAUUGGACAGGGGAGCUGAAAUCACUCUCAACAAUGCUGACAACUCUUUUUUACAUGAAGCUGUGCGUAAUGAGAAAAAGGAUGUCGUGAAUGCUGUCAUUGAAAACGAGAGGUGUGGCGAGGCAAUAAAGUCAUUUAAAUUAACAUCCCGCUGUCCAGUGAUGGACAUCAUAGAGUUCCUUCCAGAGUCUUUUAAGCAUCUUCUGGACCGGUGUAUUUCAGAAUCUGAUCAUGAUGCCAACAGUCCGGAUUAUCAUAUAAAGUAUGAUUUUCAGUGGCUUCAGGCUCCAAUACAGUCAAUGAAGUAUGCUAAAGCAGACAAAGCAUUGAAGUACCAACCAUUAGUAGCUAUGAAUGCCAUGGUGCGGUACAACCGUCUGGAGCUCCUCACUCAUCCUGUGAGCCGAAAAUAUCUGGAGAUGAAGUGGAAGGUGUAUGGAAGCAAGGUUCAUUUGCUCAACCUGGCUGUCUACCUGCUUGGCUUGUUGCCCCUCACAUACCUCAUCCUCAAUCUGAGACCAAAGCAGGACGUUUUUGGAAACAACACAUCUGUCAUCAUGGUGCCAGUAUCUUUUAGAGAGCAAAAAAGUUUAAUCUCAGUCUGUAUAAUCAUGGUGCUUGUCUUUAAUGUGUAUUCCGUUUGCAAAGAGCUGGUGCAGUUGGCUCAGCAGGGAAUAAAUUACUUCACAGACUUCUCUAACCCUGCAGAAUGGGGCGCAGCCAUUAGCUCUUUAGUCUUUGUCAUUCCCAUGUGCUUCAGUCUAAAGAAUACGUGGCAAUGGGAGGCUGGAGCUUUCGCCAUUCUGAAUUCAUGGAUAGCCUUCCUGCUCUACUUUCAGAGGUUUCGUUUUACAGCAGCAGCCUUCGACCAGGAAGCAUGGCGGAGCCAGUCACAUGCAGGAUACCCAGUUCGGCCAGGUCCCCACCUGGCGGUAAUCACAAGUGCAAGAGGCCCUGUGACGGAAGACCCAGAGAUGGAGGAGGCAGCUUAUCAGGAGAUGGUGACCACACCACUCCCUCCCCCAGAGAAGGGCCGGAGGAAUACACUUCCCAUGAGCACCCCUCCUGCCCAUCCAUGGAACCAGGUAGCACUUGAAUCCCCGCUUCAUGUCGUCACAUGCCAGGGUGUCACAAACCUCAAGCCGGGCUCCUGA